UGAGCAUCUUACACUAAUAUCAAGUCCGCACAUAUCGUAAGCUCGUUAAUAUAGCAUCGAAGAAUCUCCAUUUCAUGGGGCCAAUCUUCACUCAACUCCCGACCGAAUAGACACUCGCUUCCUUCUGUGUUGUGGCGUCAUACUCUGGCCUUUCUGCAACCAUGUCGGACACUCCAAACUCCACCGAUGACAACCGUGCGGCUCGAGUCGUUGCUGGGCAUCUGCCUUCGGGGUAUACUGCUGAUUAUGACGGUGUACAUGCUGACGAUGAUGCACCAAAAAUGUCCGGGGAGCCUGAGCCGGAGUCAUCUCUCAAAUUGCAAGGUGGUGACAUACACCGUGAUCUGUACAAAAUCCAAAAUCGGAACAGACUACAGCGAGCUGCUACCUUUUCCCAUCCAAAUGACUCCUCCACCACAAUGGAGAACGAGACAUCGGUUUCUGAGCAACUUGCCCCAGGUGGCUUCCGGCGAGAGUUCGUCCGCAAGAAGUACGGCCGUUUCAAUCCUGCAGUCAUUCCGGUCACCAGGAAUUUCGUCGAAUUUCUUUCUCUCUACGGAGCCUUUGCUGGCGAAGAUUUAGAAGACUCGGAAGACGAAUCGGCUCUUGAAGAUGAAGAAGGAGCGCCUUCAGAGACAAGACCACUGCUUCGGCCACGGACCACCAUGGCCAAGAAGGGAGACGCGGGUACGACGAAGACCUUCUUCACCUUGCUCAAAGCAUUCAUCGGUACUGGCAUCAUGUUCUUGCCCAAGGCCUUCAACAACGGGGGCAUCCUUUUCUCGUCAAUGACACUGUUGACAGUCUCCCUUGUCACAACAUGGGCGUUUCAUCUGUUGUUGCAAUGUCGACAAAUCCACAAAAGGAGCGGCUAUGGUGAGCUCGGUGAGGUAAUUGGCGGUCCCAGAAUGAGGGCUAUAAUCCUAGGGUCAGUCACAAUCUCGCAACUCGGGUUCGUCUGUGCCGGGACAGUAUUCGUCGCGCAAAAUCUGUAUUCGUUCGAAGUCGCAGUCGCCAAAGGUCUAGCUCCCGUGUCGACCAACAUUUUGAUUGCCCUCCAGCUGAUCGCCUUGAUCCCACUUGCAUUCAUUCGCAAUAUCUCGAAGCUUGGUCCCGCGGCGUUGGUGGCCGACAUUUUCAUAUUGCUAGGUCUGGCUUACAUUUACUACUAUGACAUUUCCAGCCUAGUCGACCAGGGACUCAAUUCGACCGUCCAGUUGUUCAACCCUCAGCACUACACCCUUACUAUUGGCUCGGCCAUUUUCACUUUCGAGGGCAUCGGCCUCAUCCUUCCCAUUCAAUCGUCGAUGCGCGAGCCCGAAAAAUUCGAGCCACUUCUCUGGGUUAUCAUGCUCAUCAUCACUGUUAUCUUCACCUCCAUAGGGGCCCUCUGCUACGCAACAUUUGGCUCGGCGACCAAGAUCGAGGUCAUUUCCAAUUUUCCACAAGGGAGCAGACUCGUCAACGCCGUCCAACUCCUGUACGCACUUGCCGUUAUGGCCGGUACACCCGUUCAGCUGUUUCCAGCCCUUCGAAUUCUUGAAGGCAAGAUAUUUGGUCAUCGUUCUGGCAAACGGGACACGUCCAUCAAGUGGAAGAAGAACGGGUUCAGGACAGUCCUCAUUGUUCUCUGUGCUUUGGUGGCAAUUUUGGGAUCGAGCAACCUUGACACGUUCGUGGCGCUCAUUGGUUCGAUCUGCUGCGUUCCGCUUGUGUACAUCUAUCCGCCACUCCUGCACUACAAAGGCGUGGCAACGUCGACAUGGGCGAAGGCUGGAGAUGUCGUGUUGAUGAUACUGGGUAUUGUUUGUAUGAUCUACACGGCCAUCAUCACUAUCGCGACCAGCUUCAUGCAGUAGCUAGGAAUAUUGUUGGUGAAAGUUGAGACCAUUCUCAGAUGUUAAGAGAAAUGCUCGCGAAUGUGGCCAAAAUCCUGCAGCUACCAGAAUUGGUCAAUUCCUCUCAUUACGCUCAUUCUUCUUCUGCUCGCUUUACACCCCCUGCCUCAGAG